CCGAGGAAACUUGGGAAAUGUGCGGUAGUAGGGGGUAGGGGUGCGUGCGGGGCGCGGGGCGCGGGGCGGGGCGGGGCGGCCGGCCAUCGAUCGCGGGGCGGCUCAGUCCGCCGGGGCGGCCGGCUAGAGCGCGCGUGGGAUGCGCUUCCGCUGACAUGGCCGGCGCUCGGGCGCUCGUGGCCGCCUGCUGCUGCUGGUGGUGGCUGACGCCCUCGGCCGCCACCGAGUUAGAUCUGCUGGGCGCGUUGUCGCUGCACAACACGAGCCGCGGCGGCGUGAGCGGCGCGCCGGGCAUGCAGGCGCAGCGCGCGGCCUACGCGCUACAAGGGGAAUCAAGAUCUCUAGAAGUGGAAGGCGAGGUGUUCUCCAAAGCGACAGAGCUGCUGCGGCGCUCGCCCGAGUUCACGGUGCUGGCCACACUCAAGCAGGAGCCCGCCAACUCGGGCACCAUCCUGUCCUUCUCACAUGGGUACAAUAGGUACCUGGAGGUGCAGUCGUCGGGGCGACGGGACGAGGUGCGCCUGCACUACGUGGCGGCGGGCGGCGCGGCGGCGCGCGUGGAGACCUUCCCCUUCCGGCUGGCGGACGGCGCGUGGCACCGGCUGGCGCUGGCCGUGUCGGGCGCGCAGGCCACGCUGCUGGUGGACUGCCACCCGCUGUACCGCCGCCUCAUCCCGCCGCCCGACCGCAACUUCACGCAGCCGCAGCUCUCGCUGUGGCUCGGACAACGGAAUAGCAAACAUUCUUUAUUUAAGGGUAUACUCCAAGACGUGCGGCUGGUGAGCGGGCCGCACGGGUACCUGGCGCAGUGCCCGGGGCUGGACUCCGAGUGCCCCACGUGCGGCCAGUUCGCGCUGCUGCAGGCCACUGUGCAGGAGCUCACCGCGCACAUACACGACCUCUCGCUCAAGCUGGUGGGCACGGAGUCCCGGCUGGCGCGGCUGGAGCAGUGCGACUGCCAGAAGUCCUGCUACUCCAACGGCACGGUCCACGCCGACGGCGCCACCUGGCAGAAGGACUGCAACCGGUGCUCCUGCGUGCAUGGAGAAAUAACGUGCAGGCCAGUUGAAUGCGACCGAGCAGACUGCAAGAACCCAGUUCUACAUCCCGGAGAGUGCUGCCCCACGUGUUUACGUGUAUGUCUCCUGAAAGGCACACUCUACGAGCAUGGGGAGAGCUUCGCACCGAAAGAGUGUGCGGAGUGCGUGUGCCACGACGGCAACAUGCAGUGCACGCGCGUGGACCCGGACAAGGCGUGCCCGCCGCUGCCGUGCGAUGUCCAGGACCAGUUCACCGUGCCGGGCGAGUGCUGCAAGUUCUGUCCAGGUGUGGACUACUGCAGUAUGGGUCACUCAUGUGAUGAAAAUGCGACGUGCAUGAACCUCAAUACAAAGUACACCUGCAAGUGCAACCAGGGCUUCCAGGGGGAUGGGAUUACUUGCGAAGAUGUAGACGAAUGCCAGCAAGCCGGCGGUCUGUACGGCCACCAUUGUCACUCCAAUACGAGAUGCGUUAACGUGGUCGGAAGUUAUGUGUGUCAAUGUCUACCGGGAUACGCUAGAAGAGAUAAAUUCAAUUGUGUGGAGGUGGAUGAAUGUAGUGCUGAAACACAUGGUUGCAACAUUGCAGCUGAAUGUACAAACAUACCUGGAUCAUACAACUGUCAAUGCAAAGACGGAUACACUGGAGAUGGAUAUAAUUGCGCACCCAUAUGCACGGGAGGAUGCCUAAACGGUGGAGUGUGCGCGGGACCAGAGCUAUGCGCCUGCGCCCCAGGGUUCGGGGGCACUCGGUGCGAGCGAGACGUGGACGAGUGUGCCGCCCCUCUGACUACGACUAGACCUGCCCACCCGGCCCUCGCGCCUCCACCGGCGCCCUGCCCCGCCAGGUCGCUGUGUGUCAACACACCAGGGUCCUACUACUGCGUCUGCAAACAGGGCUACAGGAGAGAUCCACAUCACGAUCAUUGUGAAGAUAUAGACGAAUGUACUGAAGACCUGCACACUUGCCACCCAAGUGCAGCCUGUCGAAAUAUAGACGGUGGUUUCCGUUGUGAGUGCGAGGCGCCAUCUUGUGAGCUUAGUUGUUCCUGGCAAGGAUCAAUAAUGGCAGAUGGCUCUCGGUGGCCGGAAUCUGGCGGUUGCAAAGUUUGCUCUUGUGUCGCUGGAGUGGCGAGUUGUACGCGAGCACCCUGUACUUGCGACAAUUUGGACAAUGUAACUUUAACAGUGGAUACAGACACAUCCAUGAGCGUGGCGCCAUCGUCGUGUUGUCCUCACUGCGACCCUCGGUUCCACUGCCGUCACCAGGAGAUGCACCAUGUCACCUUCCGCAGCGGAGAGCGCUGGCUCUACCAGUGUCAGAUCUGCGAGUGCCUUCUUGGUGAAGUAGACUGCUGGGAGCCGCAGUGUGAGGAGGCAGGCGCGUGCUGCAGUGCUGCGGCAGGCGCGGGCGCCGGUGCCGCUGGGGCUGCGGGGGCCGCGGGGGGCAGUCAGCUCGCCAUCACGGCGGACUGCGCGCCCGCUCACUGCCCUGGUUGUCAGGGCGGGCAGUGUGCUACUUUGGUGAGCAAUAUCGCGUGUUGUGUGCAUCGGCGAUGGCGCGGGGUGACAACGGUGCUGGCGCUGCUGGCGGCGUGGCAGGCGCUGGCGGGGCCGGCGGGGGCGGGGGCGGGGGGAGCGGGGCCGGCGGCGCAUCGCAAGCAUCGCGGAGCGCGGCCCCACUAGAACCUCCGUGAACAACACUCUCUACACGCAACACCUAUUUAUUUUAGAUAGACCUAAUGUUAACCAAUUGAGGCGGGCGAGCGCUCGAACUCGAGCCUUAUCUUAGCGUAGUGAGCUGACGACGCCGCCCGCCCACCGCGUCAUCUCGGCCCGGCGACAGAGCAAUACAGCCCCCUUUAUCGCUAAAUAAUAAUUGUGGCCUAAAUUUUCAUACUUUACCCCUUCAUCCGGCUGUAUUGUUUUGUUGCCGGCAUGUCGCUCGGAACCGCCAUGUGAUACUGUACUAUACGCUCAGGUGUGGAAUUACGAUAGUGUCGAUAUAUCAAAGUAUUUUAUCUUCGUUAUAGCAAUAUUAUAGUGUUAAUGUGUAGUUAGGAUUAUAGAACAGUGUGCCGCAAAUCUUGAUCAAAUGCCUUUCUAUUGUACUUAAUUAUCUCUAGUGCGUCGUUUCUCGUGCGAUCUCGGUUGUUGACUACUCUAUACUUUGUUUGGCGUAAUCAAGGUAUUUAGAAAAUACUUGAAACUUUGACUAUAUUAACUUAAGUACCAAUGUAAAAAGAUUGUUAAUGAUAAAAAUACAUAAUAUUAAAUUUUGUAGCUUUCAGGCCUAAAUAAAACGAGUUACUUAAACCUUUUUUAAAUAUCAUUACUGAUCUUUUUACGAACAUAGUUAACUCCGUUUAGAGUAAGUAUACCAUUAGGUAGCAUCAUAAUCAGGAAUCUUUGUUUAUUAUGAGAAGUGUAGCAAUAUCACGGAUGCAUGACACAAAACUCACAACAGUUGAAUAGAAGUUUGUGUAAAUUGGAAAUAGCACAAUUUUGAGUAAAUAUAGUGGAGUCAUUUAAAGAAAACCUGGCUAAUGUAGUUACAAUAAAAUCGCCCUUUUCAAUCUGUUUCUUUAAAUGACUGUGAUAUCAUUACAGCUAGGGAACAGAGUAUAGACUUUAUACCCGAAAAGGGAUGAUCUUAUUUGGUACAGCGGUUACAAUGAAGCAUGUGGCCAUAAAAUAUGUAACAUCUUAUGAAACAUCUAAUUAAGUCGGUAGAGAGCUAUUUUGAACGGGAUAUUUCGGGAUAUUAUUUAUAAAGUUCAAUGGUAAGUUCGUCGAGUGAAAUCAAUAAAAUUAGAAGUAAAUUGUCAAGAUUCACAUACAGACGUACACUUUAAAAUGUAUGUAACAACAACUUAAAUAUGAAAUUCCCCUUCGAAGUGGCUGAGGUUUCAUCGGCCUAGGAUCAAAUCGAAAUCGACUGUAUAAUUGUAUAUUACUAGCACCUUCGACCACGGCGAGAUCCCAUCCUCGCGGGCUCACUCAAUGUCGACAAGAAAUUGAUUUCAAUCGAGAGAACAAUUUCUUGUCAAUAAACCUUAACAAUAAGUCUACUCUUCCAAUUCAAAAUGUAACAGAUUGCGCUUCAAAUUGUUAUUGUAUCUACUUAUAGUCUUAUAAUAACCCUGUAUGGCAAUAUUUAGCUAUUGUUGUUAUAAUGUUGCUACCGAGUGAGCGGCGGUGAUGGAAACUCGCUGACGACUUGUUGGGGUCCACAGCGGCCGAAUUUCUAGAGGGUGAGAGAACGAUGGCUACUGGACAUCCGGCCGCUGCUCAAGAUAUUGUAAAGGAGGCGAAAUAGUAUCGGAUAUAUCCACAGACAUCUCAGCGUAAUAAACUCUGUGCGGACAUGAUCUUGAAGCGUCGAGAUUCGAGGGAGAUCUUGCGGCAGGUGUCGCAGCCUAAAACAUGUCCGAUAAUAUGUCACCUCCCUUAAUUGUAUUUAUUAUCUUAAGCGAGUGCGAGGGGGCGCGGUCCGACCGGGGCACGUCGGUGGCUUCUUCAAUUAUUAUAUUACGUAAUAUUUUAAUAAUAAUAGAAUUUAGAAUUGUACAUGACUAGGUCUAGACCCGGCCUCAAGCCGCGGCCAGCCCGCGCCCCCCUGUUGAACGAAAUUUUUCAUAAUAUAUUAUAGUUUUGUUUGUCUUUAUAAUAAAAAAGUUUUCUUUAAUUAUUUGAAAGUAACCAAAAAUAGGUACCAAAUAUAAACAAAGAUAUAAUUGUUUCUUAAUUUUCAUAAAGCAUUUUAAUGCUUGCAUGUUGUAUUGUGUUCAAAAAAUUAAAAAGAUAUCCUCAUA